GUAACCGAAAACGAUGGGUUUCGUGUCGUUUCGCUUGCUCUCUUGGGAACUUGGAAGCAAUGAGUUAUUACUAAACAAGCAGCAUUUUUAUAUCCCGAUCCUGAGAUUAGGAUAUUACAAUCUCUGUUACCAAACAGAAGGGUUAGUAGUAGAAAGAAGGCCCUUUUAUCCAGAAAUCGCCGGUGUGAGAGAUAAUAAACAGUCGCAGAGAGCGAGAAGAAGAAGAAGACAUGGAGAAGUACUUUGGAAAUGCAUACAGGGGAGAUCCAGGCGUGCCGCACGCAGAUGCUGAUCGGUUCGUGAACAUUUGGAUUGGUUCCGCUGCCUUCUCCGUUCUCACCUGGUUCAAUCCUUACAUGUGGCAGCUCUCCAACCAGUUCAAUUAUCAUGACAAAUGGAUGCUCUUCGAGCAGCACCACUGGAAGAAAGCAAGGGCCAAAAAUCAGCCUUACGAAUUCAAGUGGAAUAAGAUACCCAAAGAAGUCAGGGACUCGUAUUACUACAACUGGCCUGUCUACUUCCCUUAGAAGCAUAUGUGUUGCGCUGUCUUGUGAACCAGCAGAGAAACAACAAAAACUCGUGGAACCUCUGUGGAAUCUAGCUCUUUUAAUUCUGUUUCAUGUACUACUGUUGGAUUUUUAGUUUUUCUUGUAUCCAUCGAUCACUCAACGAUUCUCUGUUUACUACUCCCCUGGUUGAAUCUCUAUGGCAUUAUUGAAACUAUCUAUCUUUUAAAUGCAGAAAACGAAUCUCUCUGACUGCUAUGAUUAUCACUUUCACUUUCCA